AUGGCGCGUGAGAAACAAAAGGUUCCCAUCCAACGGGUGCCUUCCGGCGGAAUCAUGCAUCAGCCCAAAGACAUUCCAGAUAUGAAUGUCAAUUUGACCAAUGGUACAAUUCAACAGCCAGAGAAAGGGAAACCCUCGAUCCAGGCUACCUCAGAGCCAUCCCAAGCCGGACUCUUGCAGCUGGUGAUCUGUGUGACUGGCAUCUAUGCUUCCUUUCUUUCAUGGGGUGUGCUUCAGGAAGCAAUCACCACCACGUACUAUCCUGUCCAUCCACCCACUUCCGCGGUCCCGAACCCCCAAACCGAAAGAUUCACGUUUUCCUUGGUUUUGAAUACCAUUCAAUCCUUCUUUGCGGUCAUCACGGGGUCUAUGUACCUCUAUUUCUCGACGCCUCGCGGGACGAGCACACCAUCCAUAUUCCCUACCAGUCAGAUCCUUGUUCCUUUGAUACUCGUCAGCUUGUCGACCUCUCUCGCUUCUCCUUUCGGAUAUGCCAGUCUUGCACACAUUGACUACGUUACCUUCACCUUGGCGAAGUCCUGCAAACUGUUGCCGGUCAUGUUUCUUCACUUGACUAUUUUCCAAAAACGCUACCCGUUAUAUAAGUACGGUGUUAUUCUCCUCCUUACUAUUGGCGUGGCGACUUUUACACUGCACCAUCCUGGCACGGCGAAGAAGAAGAACGGAUCUAAGGGACCAAACUCAUCUUCUAUCUUCGGCCUUUUCCUUCUCUUCAUUAACCUACUACUGGACGGCCUCACCAACACAACACAAGAUCAUAUCUUUACCUCUCAAAAGCUAUAUGGCAAAUUCAGCGGCCCCCAGAUGAUGGUUGCUCAAAAUUUCAUAUCCACCAUUCUCACGAGCGCUUAUCUUGUUGUCAUGCCUCACCUUUCAACUUCUAUUCUCCCACUCUUACCUCUACCUAUCCCUCCAUCACAAACAUCCGAACUCUCUUCAGCCAUAGCGUUCCUCUCCUGUCACCCGCAAGCUACUAAAGAUGUUAUUGCAUUCGCUGCCUGUGGUGCGGUUGGCCAACUGUUCAUUUUCUAUACACUGGCUCACUUCUCUUCCCUCCUUUUGGUGACAGUGACGCUGACUCGGAAGAUGUUAACCAUGCUUCUUAGUGUUGUAUGGUUUGGUCAUCAAUUGAGUGGAGGCCAGUGGGUGGGCGUUGGCUUGGUGUUUGGUGGAAUUGGAGCCGAAGCGUGGGUUCAGAGAAAAGAGAAGGAAAAGAAACUCCGUGAGAAGGCCAAAGAGGCAAAAUCCCUUUAG